UUUUUAAUGUACAUAUCCAAUCUCUCUGGCUAAAUUAAAGCCCUUGAGCACAGGAAACACGUGUUAUCAUGUUUUCCCUUUUUCAUAGCACUUAGCACAUGGUCUUGAUGGUGCUGCCUACUGAAUAAAUAUUUGGUAUUUGUGAGCUUAGUUGGUGCCACGUCUCAACAAGUACAAGGGCUUAAACCAAUGAUUCUCCAUCCUGGCUUCACCUUAGAAUUACCUGGGGAAUAAAGCUUCAUCUGAGCCCACUGAGUCCGAAUCUCCGAGCAUAAAUGUUCAGCUUUGCACCCAGGUGAUAUUCCCAGAAACCAGGCUGAGAACCAGUGGACUCAACAGACGAAGGAACAUAAUAAGGCAGCGGUUCUUAACUCCAGUUGGUUAUGCAGUCAAGAUGCGGGGACCAAAGGUGCUCUGGGCAUUGCAAAGUGCCUGCAAAUAUCAGACAAUAUUAUUGUGGUGCAUCUGAGAGUGUGGCGUUGCUUUGAGAAAGAUCCUCUAACCCUAAAUUUUUUAGUAGCCAAGAGUGUAAAGGAAAUAGGUCAUUACAGGUAUCUAAACACUUUUAAAGGCUCCACGAUGGCUUUUAUGCCAGAUGCAUAUGUCCUGUUGCUUUUUGCUAACUUAGAAAUAUUCACACGCUGUGUCUUUUCCAGGCUGGCAAACGCUGAGCAAGCAGCACGCUGUCCCGAGAGUGUCAACUCGCCUUUGCUCCUGUUGAGUGAGGACUCUGGGGAGCAGGAGAUGGGCGCGGGCGCAGCCGCGGCCGGCAGGACGUGAUCCAGGCGGAGCAGUGAGGGACGGAGCUGCUGAAUUCAUCCGGAGGGCGGCCUUGUGGAUGGUCCCGAAGCACGCCUGAUGGAACAAGACAGAACGAGCCAUGUUGAGGGCAACAGACAAAGUCCAUUCCUGACACUGUCGCCUUCUCCGGUCUGCCAGACGGAAGCUCUGGCUAGAAAGCUCCAGAAUGGAAGCCCGUUGGCCGAGAGGCCCCGUGCGGAAGUGAAUGGAGAAACCAAGUGGCAGAGUUUCCGGAGUUAUCAUGGGAUAACCCACAUGAAGGGGAGCCAGACCAGCCGGGCGAGUCCUGACUUUAUGCAGGAAGGACGGGGGUACUCCAGCUGUCUGCAGAACGGAGGGAUCAAGCGCACGGUCAGCGAACCUUCCCUGUCUGGCCUCCACCAGCACAAGAAACUGAAACAAGACCAACAGGCUAACGGAGAAGGGCACAAGCUCUCCAGGGACAGUCAAGCAAGCAACCCAAGCGAAAGCAGCCAUCAACCCAACGCCUCCCAUCAGAACGACAAAAGAGAAUCCGUGAGCUCUGGGGCCCAGGACAAGGCGGUUAAAGGUUUCACCAGUUUCUCGACCCGCAACGGCAGCGGGUGCGAAAACCCAGAGCUUCGGCUUCCGAGCGAGCAGGAGGGGAAGAAUGCCAGCUCCCGCGACCAGAACGUCGUUUUACUUCUCACCACCAAGGCAGUGCUAAUACCCAAUGGUGCUACCGUUUCUGCCUCUUCCAUGGAAAACACACAGGGUGAACUCCCGGGGCAAACGCCAUCCCGGUGCUAUCCGGGCCGUGUGUCCACCGCGCUGCAGAAAACCACAUCUCAGCCCGGUGACACGGGCGGGCCGGCCCCGCACGAGCCGCCCCGGGAGGUCACCCACCCCGCGCAUACCUCAGGGCACACCUCCAACUCCGAGCUGCCCCCGGAGCCAGCGGCAGUGGGGACCGAGGCCUGCGAGGCUGACAUGGCCCGGGAGCCGGCCGCGAUGCCGGAGCCCUGUCCCUUUCAGAAUCCAGAACAGCUGCGACCACAGAAGGCGGUGCUAGAGCUGUGCCCGUGCCCCCCGGAGAACGGCAGCGUCCGGGGAGCCACAGAGCUGGCAUCUGGUGGAGAAUUCCGUGCAGGCCCCGGCAGCGAUUUGCAGGCUCCUGGUGGCAGCUCUGAACGGCAUUUUUUAAAGCCAACUGAAACGAAUGGUGCUUACUUCGAGCAAAGCUCAGUGUUCAUUAAGGAUUCCUUUUCGGCCACUACCACGCCACCGCCAUCAGGAUUGCUUCUUUCUCCCCCUCCUCCUCCUCCUCUUCCUCCUCCUCCUCCUCCUCCUCCUCCUCCUCGUCCGCAGGUUCCUCAGCUUCCCCCGGAAGGAAAAAGCACUCUGAACGAUGGAGUUUUACGAGAACGCCAUCAAUACCCCAACCAAAGCAAUGCGACUCUUUUAAGCCAAGUGGGAAUAGAGGGUGCACCUAAGGCACCACCAGCCCAGAGCCCUAAUCCCACACGUGGAUCCCACCCGUGUCUGAUGGUUUCAGAACGGUCCCAGAAUGAUUUCGUUAACAGGGGUGACAGACGGACGCCGGGGACCCUGUGCUCUGAGCAAACAAGACCGGUGCCAGCGCAUCUCAGCGCAUCCCCAGCCAUCCUCGGGGAUCUGCAGAACCACUGCCGGCCGUCGGGGAGACACGAAGAGCAAGGGAUUCCGCAGGGUCGCGACAAGGAGCAAACACGAGAUCUUGGGCUCCCGACUCAGCACUCUCUGAAACCAGGGUGGAUUGAGUUGAAGGCCCUGCAUUUUCAUCAGCGAGGAUCCCACCCAAAACGUGACGAAGCCUUACUGCCACCCACUCUUCGGUAUCGAUCCAACUCCUCCCAUCCAAUGACCUCCAAACCAUACACUGGAAAUUCCACCCUGCCGGGGACGCUCCCCAGGCACGGUUACAUCCAUAACCCGGUGCGGCUGGAGCAGAAGUCACACACGUACCACGGGGAGAUGAACCAAGGCCAGGCUCAAGGUACAGUGGACCGACACCUCCAGUUCCAGAAACGACCGCACGCCAUCCACUUCUCCAAAGCGGAGCCUGCACCCGAAACUCAUGUGCGGUCGCUGUGUGCUCCUAGAUUUCAUUUUCAACACAGAGCAGACCCCCAAGCUGAGAAGCUCACGUCCCCGUUGUUAAAACAGCACUUGAAUCGACAGGCUUCGGACACUGAGCCGUUCUCAAACUCACACCUUUUGCAACACAAGCCUCAGAAUCCGGCGGCACAAACCCAACCGUCCCAGAAUUCACAUCUCCCCCCGAACCAGCAACAGCAGCCAAAAUUACAGAUGAGGAAUAAAGAACAAAUGCUCCCGACGUUUCCUCACCCCCAAAGCAACAGCGAUCCGCAAAGGGAAGGAUCGUUCUUUGGCCAGAUUAAAGUGGAAGAGUGCUUUCCUGGUGAAAAUCAGUAUUCGAAAUCAAGUGAGUUCCAGGCUCGUCGUGCCCAAAUGGGACUGGAGCAAGUACAGACUAUGCACAGUAGAAAUUCCCCUUACAGUCACCUCUUGAAAUCAAGUGCAAAUAAAGGGCAGAUUUCUUGUUCAAACAGUGCCCACCUCGUUGCAGAGCAUAAAGAACAGACUCUCCACGCUGAACUCUUUGCUGGCAACAAGACCCCAAACUUGCAUCGUAUGCAAUAUUUUCCAAAUAAUGUGACCCCAAAGCAAGAUGUGCUUCACAGGUACUUUCGAGAACAAGAGCAGAAGCCUCAGCAAGCUUCGGCUCUGCAGGAAUAUACAAGUAGACACCAAGAUGUGUCUAAUCAACACGCCGUACAACUCACGAAGCAAAGGUACUUGGAUACCCAAGCCAAUGCUUACCCUGUGCCUGACCAGGGAGGGAGUCGCCUUCAGACUCCUCCCCAGAGGGACCUUCACAAGCACGCUGCCCUAAGGUGGCACCUCUUGCAGAAGCAAGAACUGCAGCAGCAAACGCAGCAGCCGCAGCCUGAGUCUUGCCACAAUCAGGUGCACAGGCCGAUUAAGGUGGAACCCGGAUCCAAGCCCCGUGCCUGUAUGCACUCCAUGUCGGCACAGCCCGAAAACAAAGUGUGGAAAAAGAUAACGAAGCAAGAGAUUCCUCCUCCAAGCUGUGACGAUGUCCAGCCAAAGAGCAUUAUUGAGACCAUGGAGCAGCACCUGAAGCAGUUUCAGGUCAAAUCUUUAUUUGACCACAAGGCUCUUACCCUCAAGUCACAGAAGCAAGUCAAAGUUGAAAUGUCAGGGCCAGUCACGGUUUUGACGAGACAAACCACUGCGGCAGAACUUGACGGCCCCGCCCCAGCUUCAGAGCAGCAAGCAACCCCUUCUUCGGAAAAGACCCCAACCAAAAGAACAGCUGGUUCUGUUCUCAAUAAUUUUUUAGAGUCACCUUCCAAAUUACUAGAUACGCCUAUAAAAAAUUUACUGGAUACACCUGUCAAGACUCAGUAUGAUUUCCCAUCAUGCAGUUGUGUAGAGCAAAUUAUUGAAAAAGAUGAAGGCCCUUUUUAUAUCCAACUAGGAGCAGGUCCUAAUGUGGCAGCUAUUAGAGAAAUCAUGGAAGAAAGGUUUGGACAGAAGGGUAAAGCAAUUAGGAUUGAAAGAGUCGUCUAUACUGGUAAAGAAGGCAAGAGUUCUCAGGGAUGUCCAAUUGCUAAAUGGGUGGUUCGCAGAAGCUGCAGUGAGGAGAAGCUGCUUUGUCUGGUGCGGGAACGGGCCGGGCACACCUGCGAGGCCGCGGUCAUCGUCAUCCUCAUCCUGGUGUGGGAAGGGAUCCCGUUGUCCCUGGCCGACAGCCUCUACUCGGAGCUCACCGAGACGCUGAGGAAGUACGGCACGCUCACCAACCGCCGCUGUGCCCUGAACGAAGAGAGAACGUGUGCCUGUCAGGGGCUGGACCCAGAGACCUGCGGGGCCUCCUUUUCUUUCGGCUGUUCCUGGAGCAUGUACUACAACGGGUGUAAGUUUGCCAGAAGCAAGAUCCCGAGGAAAUUUAAGCUGCUUGGGGACGACCCAAAAGAGGAAGAGAAACUGGAGUCUCAUUUGCAAAACCUGUCCACUCUUAUGGCACCAACGUACAAGAAACUUGCACCCGAUGCAUACAAUAAUCAGAUCGAAUACGAGCACAGGGCGCCGGAGUGCCGUCUGGGCCUGAAGGAAGGCCGUCCCUUCUCAGGGGUCACCGCGUGCCUGGACUUCUGUGCCCACGCCCACAGGGACCUGCACAACAUGCAGAACGGCAGCACGCUGGUGUGCACUCUCACCAGGGAAGACAAUCGCGAAAUCGGGGGGAAGCCCGAGGACGAGCAGCUGCACGUUCUGCCUCUGUACAAAGUCUCCGACGUGGACGAGUUUGGGAGCAUCGAAGCUCAGGAGGAGAAAAAGCGCAACGGGUCCAUCCAGGUCCUGAGCUCCUUCCGACGGAAGGUCCGGAUGCUGGCGGAGCCCGUCAAGACCUGCAGGCAGAGGAAGCUGGAAGCCAAGAAGGCGGCUGCGGAGAAGCUUUCCUCCCUGGACGGCAGCGCCGGCAAGAACGAGAAGGAGAAGGCGGCCCCGUCGCGGGCAAAGCAGACGGAAAAUGCCAGCCAGGCCAAGCAGCUGGCAGAACUCCUGCGACCUCCAGGGCCCGUCCUGCAGCAGCCCCCGCCCCAGCCUCUGCAGAAAGAGCCACCGCAGGGACAGCCGCAGGGACCCCAGCCGCCACACCACCCCGCGACUCAUCAUCCUCAGCCCGACGCCGUGGGCUCUUACUCUGCUCCCGGACCCCCCAGUCCCUACAUGAGACAGCCCCACCCGGUCAGCCCUUACCCCGGCGCGUCACACCCUGCGGACAUGUACGGAGGUGCCACCUCCACGAACCUCUAUCCCCCCGUGCCCCCCGCCGCGGGUUCCUACCGGAGCCCCUCCAACGCCGUGAGCCCCUACCCCGGGCUCCUGGCCCAGAGCCCCCAGUACCCGUCGUACCAGUGCAAUGGCACCGCCUCGGUGGACAGCGGCCCCCCGUACCUGGGGCCCUACUCCCCCCAGUCGCAGCCCGUGGACCACCUGUACAGGUGCCCCAGCCAGGACCCCCUCCCCAAGCUCGGCCUCCCGCCCAUCCACACGCUCUACCAGCCGCGGUUUGGAACCAGCCAGAGCUUUGCCUCCAGGUACUUGGGUUACGGGAACCCAAGCGUGCCGGGCGAUGCCUUCAGCCAUUGCACCAUCAGACCCAGCGUGCACCACGGGGGGACUUUCGCUCCUUAUGCCACCACUCCCGAGGCCGACGGCGACUUCGUGGGAGCCGUCUCCAGGCUCCCCCCCAGUCUGAGCGGUGCGAACGUGGACUGUAACAACGGUGACCAUCACGCCCCGUCUCACCUGAUCCACGGCUACGGCCCGGCCCCGGGCAGGUUCCCUGGCUCCCUGCACGCUCUGCAGCUCCAGGACAAGGAGGACAACCUGCUUCCCCCCACGGCGAACGGGCUGUCCAAGAUGCUCCCGGGUGUCCCCCACGACAGGACUGCCUGCGUCCAGGACAUGUCCCUGACACCAGGGGAGGCUCCCGGUCAGGACAAGCCGCAGGUGGCUCCUGCAGCUGCAGACGAGGACGAGGUCUGGUCGGACAGCGAGCAGAGCUUUCUGGAUCCCGACAUCGGUGGCGUGGCUGUGGCCCCCACGCACGGGUCCAUCCUCAUCGAGUGUGCCAAGCGCGAGCUUCACGCCACCACCCCCCUGAAGAAUCCCAACCGGAACCACCCCACGAGGAUCUCCCUGGUCUUCUACCAGCACAAGAGCAUGAACGAGCCCAAACACGGGCUGGCCCUCUGGGAGGCGAAGAUGGCCGAGAAGGCCCGGGAGAAGGAGGAGGAGUGUGAGAAGUACGGCCCGGACCACGUGCCGCAGAAAACCCACGGGAAGAAGGUGAAGCGGGAGCCCCCGGAGUCGCAGGAGCCCCCCGAGCCCACCUACCUGCGCUUCUUCAAGUCCCUGGCCGAGAAGACGACGUCCCUGACCACUGACUCCACGGUGACCACCUCGCCAUACGCCUUCACCCGGGUCACAGGGCCUUACAACAGAUAUAUCUGAUGUCGCCGCCCUCGACAAAGCCACUGCCGACCCGGCAGUGGAGCGGUGCUCAUGGCGUGGGGCAGUGGGGACAGGCACAGUGUUCAUGGCAAACGUGGUGAGAGAAGCCUCAGCUCACCAGCAAAAAAAAAAAAAAAAAAGAGGUGAUCUUACCCUAGCACUUAAUUUCUGCUGACUCCCAAGUGGUCACAGGUGGCUCCAAGGAGAAAGACCAAAGCAUCCUAUGCAAAACGAAGGUGGACGGUGGGGUGGGGGGGGGAAACGUUCUGCAAUUUACAUUUUUAAACACUGGUUCUAUUACUGGACGAGAUGAUACGUCAAUGUGAUUUGUUUGUUUUUUUUUCCCCCCCCCCUCCGCUUACAGCUCUGCACAUCUGUGACCACUUUUAAUAAUAGUGAGUUUGCAUAGUCAUGGAACACAAACCAGACAAGUACUGUAGUCUCACGGUGACAGGAAUCUUAACCUACCAUCUGGUGCUGAAUACACGAUGUACUCAAAUACUGGAAACGAUGGCUUUUGGACGUGGCAGUUCUUACUGUAACCUUAAUAUUAACUCUUAUUUAUCAAACUAGCUACAGGAAAAACCAACGAAUGGCAGCAAAACACUGAAAUUGUUUGGUUGUGCUAAGAAAUGGUGCUAAGACAAUGGUGUCUUUAACAGUUGAAAUUUUAAUGCCUUUAUGUCAUCAAGAUGCUAUCAGUAUACUCCAGUGCCCUCGAGUAAGCGGGGCACCUUUUCAUUCAACUUUUUACCGUCAUUACCUGUUCUUACACAAGCUUAGUUUUUAAGAUGUGGACAUUUUAAAAGCCCUCUGGAUUUUGGUCAUCCGGUGACGUCCUUGUAGGACAAUAAACAUAUAUAUGUACAUAUAUACACAGACCUAUGUGUAUGUGCACACACGUAUGUGUAUGAAUAUUUUAAAUGAUGUUUUAGAAGCACUUUGUCUACCUAAGCUUUGACAACUUGAACAAUGCUAAGGUACUGAGACGUUUUAAAAAAAAAAAACAACAACAAAAGUUUACUUUCCUUUUAGAAUGCAAAGUUGAUCUCUUUUUUUUUAAUGAAACAAGGAAAGCUUUUAAACUAUUUUUUUUUUUUGCUUUUCGCCAUGUAUCUGCCCGAUGAGCAAGAUGUCCAUUUUUUUUAACACAAGCCAGUCAGAUCCAAAACGGGGCUCGCUGGAUUCAAGGGAGUACGUCAGUCCCACCGCACACGCGUGUUUUUGGUGCUCACCUCACAUCUUAUACUGUAAGACAGUUUUUCUACGGAACCGUAUGACAAGUUCAUUGCUCAGAUAUGUACAGUUUCAAGGAUUUUCUGUGAACUGCAGGUCAUAGUUAGCAGCAUGCUAGAGAGUCAACAGAGCUAAUUCUCUUCAGCCCAUGCUGCUCUGUGGAUCUGUCUGCUCUUCAGAGAAUUUUCUGGCAGCCUGCCUUGGUGUUGAUAAUUAUGUACAUUGUGAUGUCGUCAUUUCUUAGCUGAAAUGUCCUCUUUCCCUGGGGAAGACUGAGCAGACUGAUGCCUGCAUGAGAUAAACAAACAGGGUUAGUUCCAUGUGAAUCUGUUGGUUCAAAACAAACAAACAAACAAACAAACAAACAAAAAAACAGGCAGCUGGUUUGCUGUGGUGGUUUUAAAUCAUUAAUUUGUAUAAAGACGCGGAAGAAUUGUAUAGUAAAUUAAAUUGUAAACAAAACUUUUUUUAACACAAUGCUUUAGUAUUUUAGUACUGUAAAAAAAAGAAAUUUAAAUAUAUACAUACAUAUCUAUAGAUAGAUAUAUAUAUGGAUUUGAAGCAGAAUUCACAUCACGAUGGUGCUACUCAGCCUGCUACAAAUGUAUCAUAAUGUGAGCUAAGAAUUCAGUAAAGGUUUGAGUGAUGUUCCUACUUGUCAUAAUACCUCAACACUAGCUUGGCAAUAGGAUUUGGAACUGAGAGUGAAAGCUUAUAGCAUCGUGUACCAUCAUUUUUUUUUUCCAAGUCUUUUUUUUAUUAUUAUUAUUAUUAAAAACAUACCUUUUUUUUUCAAUACUUGAUUUCUUAGCAAGUAUAACUUGAACUUCAACCUUUUUGUUCUAAAAAUUCAGGGAUAUUUCAGCUCAUGUUCUCCUUAUGCCAACGUGACACCUGUGUUUAUGUAAAAAAAAAUGUUUGUAGGUUAAUAAAUAUAUUCUUUGUCAGGGAUUUAACCCUUUUAUUUUGAAUCCCUCCUCUUUUUCUUGUAUAUGUAAACUGGUGUAACAGACUAAUUUUGUAAAUCUGUUGGCUCUUUUUAUUGUAAAGAAAAGCAUUUUAGAAGUUUGAGGAAACUUUUUGACUGUUUUAAGCAGGAAAAAAAAAAUUACAUGAAAAUAGAAUGCACUGAGCUGAUAAAGGGAAAAUCUGUAAGGCGGGAGUUUGGCAAGUGGCUGUUGGCUAGAGUCUUAACUCUCUAAAUAAAGUUUUUGAUCCUGUACUCGAUACAGGCACAUACUCCAUGAGGACUUCCCCCAACGGGCAAAACACCUAGAGGUAUGGUGUGCGGUAGACUCUACAAUUACCUUUUGGCCUGAGUACAUUUAACUAACAUUUCAAAUAAACUCUUCAUCAAAGGAGCCCUUUGGGUUUAAUUGGUCCAAUCUUUAUAAGAUGGAUUUUGUCCUUUAAAAAAAAAAAGAAAUGAGUUUUUGGCUGCGUCCGAUUUACAAACAUUUCGCAAAAUGUUUGCUUGCAUACAAACCAGAAGGAUUGUCGUGUUUUACACAGACCAUGAUAUCCAACCCCAAAUAUUUGGUUACUGCAUGUGCAUUCGGUGAUAUGAGUCAGCCACCCUUCAUGAAUAUUUGGUUUCUGUAUCAUCCACCGUCAUUUGUCAAACUGCCGGCCAAAAAGCAGGAAGUAUAGUUGGGGUGGGGAGGGUUAGGGAGAUUAGGUCAGGAGGAAGAGGAGGAGGAGGAGGAGAGGAAAUUGAGGGGCGAAUUGUAAAUAUCAGAUCUCUACUUGUAAAUAUCAAACCUGCCUCAGUUAGAACGGAUUGGGAAGCAGAUCUACAGUUUGCUUGUCUCGGAAUAUCAGGUUGACUAUAUAGCCAUACUUGAAAACGCUUCUGAGUGGUGUCAACUUUACUUGAAUGAAUUCUUUUCAUCUUGAUUGACGCACAGUGAUGUACAGCUCACUUCUAAAGCUAGCGGUUACCGUGUGUAGGAAACUUUUGCAGUUUGACACUAAGAUAAUGAAUUUCUGUGUGCAUUUUUUUUUCUACGCUUUAUUUUUUUUAACUUUUAGUUUCAUUUCGUUUCCAUGAGAUGUUUGAUUUGUUUAUAAGAAAAAAAAUCUGAGGAUGGUUAUAAAUACUGUAAGUAUUGUAAUGUUAUGAAUGCAGGUUAUUUGAAAGCUCUUUAUUAUUAUAUCAUUCCUGAUAACGCUAUGUGAGUGUUUUUAAUAAAAUUUAUAUUUAUUUAAUGCA